AUGGCGCCGACGUGGUCACAUCUAGUCCUGCGGGACGACACAACAACAAACAGCAAUGCGUUAAGUACAGGCGCCAUCGCCGGCAUCGCAGCCGGCGCCGGCACUCUCUUGCUCAGUGCGGCCGGCCUUUUUAUCAUCUAUUGGAGGCGGCAGCGCGCGUUUGACCGCAUGGACGCCUACUACGCCAACGGACCGGCCAUCUCGAGGGAAGACAUGAACUUUGCCACCAGCGGCGUGCCCGUCGUCUACACCAUGGACUACAAGCUGGACCAGGACGAGGGAGCCUCCGUCUCUGCCCACACCCCCGAUGCCACCACGAGCCCCAUUGACAUGACGGCCGCCGCCAUGCCCACCCACCCGGCCUACAUCCCCAGAGCCCUCGUCCGGGGCGCAUCGUCGUCUCGCCCGUCGAUAGCCUCGUACGACCACCAGUUCUCACCACCACUGCCUAAAGCGCCCUCCGUACACUCGGUCACUUUGCCCACCGUCGGCUCUUCCAACAAGGAGAUGCUAGACGACGAGCUGGUCCAGGCGUACCUCAACCAGGCCUCUUCUCUUAAGCAGGCCUCUUCCAAGGCGCCGAGUACCGUCGCCUCGCCCGACUUCAACAAGGAGAAGCAACAAUACCCUUCCCGCCAUAUGGAGCCCGAACACGAAGACGAAGAGGACCAACAACGUCUGCAGGAGCAGCUGCUCCGGCUCCAGCAGAAGCAGCUGCAACAACGCGGCCGCUAUCUGACACAACCUCCAAAGUUAACAUUCUCUCAACAGCGGGGCGCCCCCGUCGCUUCUCCACCCCUCUCAGGCAACUCGGAGCAGACCCGCGGCGGCUACAUGGCGUCGCCACCGCUCUCGGGCAACUCGGAGCAGACCCGCGGCUACAUGGCUUCGCCGCCGCUCUCGGCAAACUCCGAAACAACGGCGGGUGGCUACGUCGCUUCGCCACCCUUCUCCGGCUACAUGACGUCGCCGCCGCUCUCGGCGAACUCGGAGCAGACGGGCGGCUACAUCCUGUCCCCGCCGCUGUCGGGCAACUCGCUGCAGACGCGGCUGUCGCCGACGCACAGCCUGCCGGCGCUGAUCAUGCCCAUAAUCAGCUCGCGGCGCAAGCCGUCGGUGAGCACGACGCGCGGCGAACGCAGCCAAAGCAAGACCCGCGGCGCCGGCGCCGGCAGCGUUGCCGGCAGCGUCGUGGGCAGCGUGGCCGGCAGCGUGCGGGUCCGCGGGCAGCACCGCGGCGGCGAGGGCAGCAUGUCCAUCAGCCGGCCGCAGGCGACGGCGCCCAAGCAGUACCGCGAGCAGCAGCAGAUCUACGAUGAGUACUCGGGCUCCGAGGCGCCAUCGCAGGUCAUAUCGACGGUCACGGCCGCCACCAACAAGUCGUCGCGCAGCCGCGCCGGCUCCACCACCACGUCGGCCCACCGCGACAAGCGCCGCCAGGAGCGCGCCGAGCGCCACGAGCGCCGCCGCCAGGAGCGCAAGAAGCAGCAGUACGAGGAGGUCGAGGUCGGCCAGGAGGAAGACAUUUGGGGCUGA